CAGUAUUGCAAUUACUUCCGGGCUAAGACAACGCGUUCAAAGACGCUUUGCAGUGGCGUUGGACUUUUCGGGGUAAAACAAAAGUGAACGUUUCAAAAUGUUUCUCUACAAAACAACUGGCAAUGGAGUCCAUGGGGAAUUUCUUUUUAUGUGGAAAAGCAGCUGUAAUUGAAGCCAAUUUGAGAGAUGAGUAUUAUUGGAAGCUGGUGGCAGACUUUGUUGGCCCUCAGACGGGUGAAGGCUUGGAUCUGGACAGAGAACAUUGCAAAAACAGACUGCUGAUUCAAAGUGGACUCAUGCGGGAGGACAAUAACUUCCCAUGGAUCUCUGUCAUCAGUUGGCUGAGGAGGAUUUUCCCAGCUUACCAUUCGGCCGAUUUUCGACGCUUGAUCGAAAGAGGCGUCGCCACCACCUUGAGCUUGGCGGGUGACGCCAGGCGGGCGUUCUUGGAAUCGUAUGUCAACUUUAACUUUGUGGGCCCGAUAUGCGACAGCAUCGGCGUCGAACGAGAACACCUUUUGAAGAUGAAAGAUUUCUCUGAGCGGGCGAAGGCCAUCGAGGUCACCAACGGUUUGAUCCUGGAGCUGAGCAACUUUGUGACCAGGGAGCGAGUUUCCCCCAUCAACUUGGUCACCUGGCUGAGGAACUUCAACCCGGAAUACUGCAAAGAUGGCAAAAUUCAAAAAGCUUAUCGAGUCCUGAAAGGUAAGAUCAAAAAGUUAAAGAUGUGCUACCACAAUUCGGAAACGCGAAGUCGCAGGCGGAACAUUGUGAUGGAGAAUUUGCUUCAAAGUCCCUUUGAUCUGGUGAGGUCGAGAGACUACUCCAAAACUCCCGCUAAGAAGCGCACACAGUCGUCGCCUCACGAAAAGAUGAUAAUCAAAGAGGAAUACGACGUUUACGAAAUCUCUGCCGGCAAGGAGUCCAAGGAGGCUUCUUCGGUUCGAGUCGUCGGGAAACAAGUGUCGGUCUGCGGUGGAGGCGAGAACGCUAAGGACGCGUCCGACGUAGCCGCGGCAAAAAAAGAUGUCGACGUUUUGCCGUCGCUGCUGGACGUGGCCAUGCUGUCUGUCCAGAAGCUGUCGAGUAUACACGGCGGGCAAACACAAAAGUCCAAAAGGAUUUCCUUUGACCUCUUCAAAAAUCAGUACACGCUAACAUGCAAGGAGCACCCCACCAUGGAGCUGUUCGAGGAAACGCUUCACUCGCUCGACGGGCGGGUCUCGCUGGCCCCCCCGGCGGUCUUCCUACAGCACAACGCCAAUUUCCUGGUGGCCGUACACGACACGGUGGAGCGACAGGUCAUGGCGUUCGAGAACGAGAUCACCCAGUCGCGGGGCGAGAAGCUGGGCCGAGACGGGAACCCUCUCUUCGAGAACGUGGUCAACUUCACAGAGAGCGCCACCUCCCGCUUCGUCCACAUGGCCCCGGACAUGCUGACCCCCAACCAAGGGGCUCUGCUGAACUACAAGAAGCACUGGGUGGCCUUCUGUAAGGAGAAGAAGAACCCUUCCCGGCUGGUCAGGAAGCCUCCCACGCAUUUCCCCAGCUACUUCGAGGCCGCCGCCGGCCUCAUUCACCACCACAACGAGAUCGCGCUCUUCUUCUCCGACAUGCUGGCGCUCAACAACGACGACGGCCCCAACGUCCUCCUCGAGAGCCUGGUCGCCGACGCCAGCGAUUCAGUCAUCCAGAGCAUCGUGUGCGUUCUGGCCAUCAUCUACUGCAAAGUGGUGGGUCCCUACUGGCAGCUCCUGAAGAGCGCAGGCGAAUACUCCCUCUUUAGCCAGUACCUGCUCUGCCUCUACCAGAAGUUCCUGGAAUGGUCCAAAGACCCCGCCACUCUGAUGGCGCCCGAGGAGGUCACCAAUGUCUUCUUGCAGUUCCCGCUGCACGAUAAGACCUACAGCGGCGUUUACAAAUACUGUAGCGAUUUGCACACCAACAGGGACCUCAUCAGGGUCUGCUUGAAGAGGAUGAUCAAGGCGAUCACCGGCGUCACCGAGGAGCACCUGAACGACUUCCUGCCGGGAGGACGUUUUGCCAAAGUGCCGUCGCCCGAUUUGAACAUCAAGCUGCUGAGCUGCAAGUUCGCCAUCCUGAUGGCCGACUAUCCCUACAGCCAGCCGUCAGGGCAAAAUGUCAAAAGACAGCCCGCGUACUCGGACAGCUCCGACGACUUGAGUUCCUCGGACGACUUGAGUUUGUCGGACUCCCAAGAAACUUCCGGCGGGCGAGCUGCCCACUCUCCCGCUGGGCCACAUUGGGUAAAAGGUCGGGGACAGCAGAAGAUGGGUCGACGUCAGGCCGUUAAGAAAGUCUAUUCGGAACGCAUGGACCUGGAUUACAUCACCGGUACGGUGGAGAGGAACGGGGGGCCCUGCCGAACCCAGCAGGACGUGGACAAGCUGCUGCUGCGCUUGGCUGACAACGACAGGGUGACGAAGCGCGAGGCCAUCCGCUGCGAGAUCAUCUAUCAGAAAAUGGUGCUGCGCAACACCGACCCCAUCCUCAACUCCACCUUCCGCACCACCACCGACAUGAUGAUAAAGCUGAAGCUCGCGCUGCCCCGCCUCAAGCCGGGCUACUCCAUCGUUUUGGCCCCAAAGAAGAGCGGGAUUAGGAGGCCGGUACGUCCGAGCGUGGAGGACGCUGCGAGCGGCCUUCCCAACCCGGAAGGAAACCAACAAGCGUAAUAUGGUCAAAGAAUCAUGCGCUUUCAUCGAAAAAGCAUACAUGUAGACACUGACCCAGUCCUUUCACUCAAAUCCAAAUAUCAUGUAUUUUCUCACACCGAGUUAUUUCUGGCUCGUCUUUUCUUUUUGGGACUGAUGAUUAUAUUUAUUUCCAUAUGGCACAGUGAUCAUUUGUUUCAUUUUAAAAAGAUGUAUUUUUAAAUAAGCUACAGGUAUAGUCGAACUGGGUAUUACCUAAAAAUUAAAAUAUCUGUAAAUAGCUGCAUGUUUGCCAUUGCCAGCUUGUUUCCCUUGA